AUUCUUUUGAUGCGCUGCUUUUCUCCCUUUUUCCUUUGUUUGCCUCUUUGCCUUUCGCUUGGAGACCCUUUGGAAUCUUUUCCUCCUCCUCCCCCUAUUCUACAAAUGGUUUUAGGAUCAUGUGGGUUGCUACAGCUCGUGUGCAUGGGGGUGCGGAGCCACUUUCUUUGAGGUGCCCAAACAUGAUCCUGAGAUUAGUACUUAUCUUGUUUUGCACCCCUCUUCCCAUCAACUGUAGAAAACUUGAAACCUCUUUGGUACCUAUCUCAAUAUCUCAUCACAUGUUUUCUGUAGAAGGGGGCAGCUCAUCCCUUGCACUCUUUUUGUUUGUCCUCCUUUUCCUUUAGCUUCUGCCUCUUGACCACUCCAAUGCCAUCACCACCAUUGCCCAAGUGAGAUCUCACCUUUGAGCCGAGCAGGCCCUCCAUUUAAGUAGAGAGCCCUUGCUCGCUCAUCCUGUAGGCUCUUGGCACCUGGUAAAUACCAAUUCUCUCGCAAGUUACAUGAGGCACGGGCAAACAGGCAGCAGCUGCUGCUUAGUCGUUGCAUGGAAGUACUAGUGCUUGCUAAAGGCGUGCAGUGAUCAGAAGCUCUGCACAUUGCGAUAGCCAAGAGCCCAAGGACAGCGCGAGGUAGCCGCUAGCCAGCCAUGAGCGGCUUCGCGGGUCAGAGGUCCAGGCCGUGGGUGGAGAUGGCGGGCGCCGCCACCCCGUCGGAGCCUGCCGUCGCCGGCAACGCAGCGGCAGCGUCAUCCAUGAAUGGCGCUGGCGCCCUCGGCACUGCUGCCUCGACGAGCGCCAGUGCCAUCUCCUUCGGCUUCGCGGCGACGGCCGUCCUCGUGUCCAUGUUCCUCCUCAUGGCCAUCUUCGAGCACCUCAUCAAGCCCGGCCUGGCCUCCUCUCCCUCCCCGGGCUCCCGCGACGACGACGGCGCCGGCAGCGGCCACGGCCUCCCCCCCGUCCGCCGGCAACCGCACGACGCGUCGCCGGACAAGCCCAGUCACUCGCCCGAGGUGGAGCCCGUGGUGGCUGCGGCGGACCUGACGGUGCUGAUGCCGGGGCAGCGGUAUCCGACGUUCCUCGCGCAGCCAGCGCCUCUUCUACCUUGCCACAGGGAAGGGGUGCAUUGGCCUCCCCAUGCGCAUCGCCAUUCUUUUGUGCCCCCGUGAUUAUCUUUUUCUGUAGUCUGUACAGAGGGUAAGGUGUUAAAUGCAGGGGAUGUUGGCAUGUGACCAUGACCACUUGGUUGCCUCUUGUUCAUAACGGCUUCGAUGGGCAAUGCAUU